UCUGCUGUCUGGCUGUAUAGCUUCCCAGGACACUAUGAUCGUCAGUAUAGUCUCCUGGGAAACUCUUCCACUUCGACAGAUUCUGAUUUUAAGUGUUCAGAUCACCAGAAAAACGGCACAUUUGCGGCAAAACGACAAACUCACACAGUUAUUAGAGGAUAUUAGCGGCAAAACGACACACUUAUACAUUUAUUAUUAUUAAAGAGGAAUAUUUGAUCGACGCGACGGACUGACUGACUGUGACUGACAGUACUCGACAGAGCAGAAGAACAGCAGCCAUAACAUAACAGGAACUACAAACAAACGGCCAAGGAAAAUUAUAAUAAUUAAAGCGACAGUCUCACAUCUUGUGAAGUUUGAGAGCAAUGGAUGGUCAUGCAAUGCAGUCUCAUGAUAUUGUGAAGAAAGAACCAGCUGAGGUUACUUACGAGAUGGACACAACUCUGGAGGAUUCAUUUAUUACUAAGACUGAUUUGAGUGAAAUGCAUCUUUCUUCUACUGUAAAAAUUGAAGAAAUGGACUUGAUUCACUUGAAGACCGAAGCAGACCUAGACGAGAAAGCAUGUAUUGUAGAUAAGCAAGAGAACAUACUCCUACUUCAGUCGCCUGCAUUGAAAAACCCUAAAGCUAAAAGCAGGAAUCACAUACACCCUGUUAAGUUGAUGAAAAUUGCAAAGGAUUAUGUGGACCUUUAUUCUGACGAUUUGAGCCACCCCUCUCCAUUCCGAAAGGUUCUCAGGUUUCCAAUCAUUCAAUGUCCAUCUUGUCUGAUACCCACAAACGCUAGGGGUCGUUCAGCUUUUCUCCAUUUGCUUCUUCACGUAACAGAAAGACAUCCCAACAAGCGUAGCAACCUCUUUUCUGAAAUAUGUGAGAGGUACAGGUUACUAAUUGCUCGUAUGAAAGAAACAGUAGCCAGUCAAAGGAAAACAGGGUACUGUCUUAGAUACAGGAUCACGGAGCCUCAAGGAAACAGUUCAUGGGACUAAUAUGAGGGUAUAUCAUGGUAUAUUUCUCAUUUCCUAUUGGUUUUUGUGUGAUUUGUCAGUAAGUCUGUAGUUGUUAGUCCUUUUUUUAACCCUAAGAAAUGUGGCAUUUAGCUGAAGUUUUUGGUCUGUAAAACAUUCUGUUUAUGUGUUCAGUCUUGUAGACAACUUAAUGUAAUCUGUGUUAUUUUUUAAUUUAUUUUCAAUUAUGUGUCUUUGUAUACAGGUAUCCCAUUUUGACAAUGUCAUAACUUUUGCUUUGCUGGCAUGUGUACAAAUGUGUGCCAGGCAGUGUACAUUUUAUGAACAAUCAUUGUAAUUGUAUUGUGGAAUUGUUAGUUCAUUCUCCUGUUUCAAUUGCACCUUUGUGCAAUCUUGUUUUAAUUUAACCCUUGUGUUAUCCGCUGCAUUGAAUAAAUGUACAGUUUCCCUCAAGUUAGUCUCAAAGACCUACUUCACAUAAUGUUGUCUGUGGUAUUUUUAAU